AUGAAGUCUGCUUGCCUACUACCAUCGGCCUUACUCCUCGCCUCGUCAAAUAUCCUGGCCACAAGGUUUCUCGCCUUGGCCCAGGAUUCGAACUUGACGUUCCCCAAGCGAGGCCUAAUAUACAUCCAACCCGACCGAGGACACGAAAGAGACUACAAAAACUUCAUCGGGCCCAACUCGCCCCUCACCUGGUACUACACGUACUCGCCAUGGCCGACAUUAACACAGUGGUCUGCUGAAUUCGUCCCCAUGGUCCACGGGGUCAAAGAUGCCGAGGAAUCCGUCGACAGGAUCAUCGCCUUCCAGAACGGAUCAUCAGGCUCGCUGGGCGAGAACACGAUGAUGCGCGUGCUGAGCUUCAAUGAGCCGGAUGGCGACACCGACAGUGGUGGGAGCGAUUCCUCACCUCGUCAUUCCGCAGAGGUAUAUCUCGAGACCAUUGCCCCCCUCCGCAGAGACCCAUAUAACUUCCAGGUCUCGCUGCCUGCAACCACUGGCUCUUCGAGGGGGCUAGAAUGGCUCGCGGAUUUCAAUGAAUCAUGCUGGGACCAGAACCCCAACGCUGGAUGUGAAUUUGACUUUGUCGCCACCCAUUGGUACGGCGACUUCGCUGGCAUGGCGUCUUGGCUGGGCACGAUUCACAGCCUGUAUCCCGAUAUGCCAAUCUGGUUGACGGAGUUUGCGAUUCCAGGUCUUGAAGAAGAUGAAACACUGGCGUUCAUGAACCAGAGUCUGCCGUUUUUGGACGACCUAGAGUAUCUGGAGCGGUAUUCUUGGUUUGGCACGUUCAGGGACAAUGAUGCAAACGAGUGGACGGGUGAUGGUGUCAGUAUGCUGAAUGGGGAUGGCGAGCUGUCGAGCCUCGGCGCCAAUUAUAUGGGUGGUCAUGAUGCCGGAUUCGAGGAGGGUCAAGGCGGUGCUGCUUCGUCUGUCAGGUGUAGUAUAUUGUUACUUGUUGUUGGUGUUUCAAUAGCCUCGCUGCUUGCUUCGUAG